GAUGCUAAAGCAACAAGAGAGAAAUCCUGCUUCACUGAAAAGUUGUGCCAUGGCAGAGGCAAGAGGCCCCACUCACCUUCUGGAGGUCUGUAACCAGAAGUUCGCAGAAUUCCUGUACAAUGCUGAGUAUAAAUGCUUGAUGUGGUUGCGGGAGAUUGAGGAGGAAGCCCUGAAGAUGUUUGAAAGCAAUUUCACUACUGAGCCUGAACUGAUGCCCAAAACACCAUCUCAGAGAAAGCAUCGAAAGAAGAAGCGAUCAUCAUCUUUUAAGGAUGAAAAUAAAGAAUUAACUAGAAAAAGACUGUCUAAAAGACGAAGUGGUAUAAAGACAGCAUCUUUUCAAAGACCUUUUCAAAACAAAGAGGGAUUGGGAAACUUUGACAUGGGGAUAAUGGAUUCCAUAUCUCAUUGUAUGACAAGUUCUGUUAAAGAAGCAUCAGAUGUACAGUGUGACAUAUCUCCAGAAGGAAGAACACUUGAUACUAAUUGUGGCAAAAAUACUGAAAUAAAAGGGAAAGAGCAUGAGAGGAUGACAGAAAAGACAGAAAAAGAAGGGGAUGCAUCCAGAUUAAGGAAUACUCCAUCUCCCAAAGCAUUCUUAAAAGGGAAACCCUCAUGUCGAGUUGAAGAGAUUCCAGCCCAAGGAUUGAUUAACAGUUUGUUGCCAGCAGGAGAGCUUUCCCAGGAAGUAAAGGACAGCCCUGGAACCCCUGCAAAUUCCCAGUCAGGACAUCACCCUCCAAACAGAGUACACAAGAUCAGGAGGGUGUCUCUUGUGGAGAAGUACUCACUAACUAAUAAAAGGAAAAGCACCAUUCGGAAAUCCCUCAGUAGAGCAAUGGCCAAGAAGAAAUCAGCUCAAGACACCUCAUCUACCUGUAGUCACGCCAGCUCUCAUAGUUCCCUUGAAGUGUUUAUGGAUGGUGAAACAAGCCAACAUAGGCCUUUACUGACACAGAAUGCUGAAUCUGGUGAGACUCCAAACACUCUACAAAAAAUGCCUUGUUCUUUGGAUACUCCUAGUCCAAUUGCUAGUUGUGUUGUGCAGAGUUCACCUAAACAUGAUAUGCAGCAAGAAGUGUGCAGUAAAGAGAAACUUGAAACUGAAAUUAUGGACUUCCAGGUCAGUGGAUCUGAAGAUUCAGCCCACAACAACUGUAUCCAUACGCAACUGCAAAACAGCCAGAAACAAAGUUACAAGCACAAACUUGAUCAACCUCCUGUCCAAAGCAUACAAGAUGAAAAAUUUUCUAGUCACAAAACUGCAUCAUCUCCUGCAAACAAGAUCAUACGACCAAUCAAAAACUUCUUUCAGUCCAUGCAGAAAAAUAAUCUACUCAAACCCUCAGGGUCACCAGGAAAGAAUAGUGUCAAACACAGCACACCCAUUAGACCUGCCACCAAGGGAGAUUUUGUUGAAAAACAGCGACAGCGUCUGGAGAGUCUGAGAAAAAAACAAGAAGCAGAACAGCAGAGGAAGCAGAAAGUGGAGGAAGAAAAGAGACGGCGAUUGGAAGAAAUAAAAUUAAAACGUGAAGAAAGGCUGAAAAAGGCACUCCAAGCUCGAGAGCGAGUAGAGCAGAUGGAAGAAGAAAAGAAGAAGAGAAUUGGACAGAAGCUGUCUCAACUGGAGGAGAAGAAUGAAAAGGUGAGAGAAGAGAAAGCAGCAGAAGAAAAGAACAGGAAAAAGAAGUCAGUUAAGAAAAUGGGGGAAGCAGAAGCCCGAAAACAGAAAUUGCUGCAGGUAGAAGAAGAGCCAAAGGUUCAAGAGCAGCCAGAAAAAUGGAAGACAGUUGGAGAAAUUAGGAAAAUGCUAGAGCACAAUAAGGCAUCGUGGACAGGAAGAAAAAGAGAAACUGGUGAAACCUCUGGACCUGGCAGUAGUUACUGAAGAGGAGGAAAAUUUCAAGGAGGAACAGAAUCCUACCCCAGUAGCACAUCAGGAAAAGAAAACCACACAUUUGGAAGCAGUUCCUGCUGCCUAUAAAUGGCUGAGUAUAACUGCUCAG